UGGGACAACCUUCCAAAUCAUUGGAUUCAGGUGUUCCAAUCACCUCCAUGGCCACAGGUGUAUAAAAUCAAGCACCUAGGCAUGUAGAUUGCAUCUACAAACAUUUGUGAAAGAAUGGGUUGCUCUCAGGAGCUUAGUGAAUUCAAGCGUGGUACCGUGAUAGGUUACCACCUGUGCAAUAUGUCCAUCCAUGAAAUUUCCUUGCUACUAAAUAUUCCAAAGUCAACUGUUAGUGGUAUUAUAACAAAGUGGAAGCAACUGGGAACAACAGUACCUCAGCCAUGAAGUGGUAGGCCACAUAAAAUGACAGAGCAGGGUCAGUGCAUGCUGAAGAGCACAGUGUGCAGAAGUUGCCAAUAGU